AUGGCUCGGCACAAAGAGCGCGUGCGUGUCAGCAGGGCUUGCGACUUCUGUAAAAAGAAGAAGAUCCGAUGUAGUGGGACGCAGCCAUGUGAUCUUUGCACGAAAGACUCGCUGACCUGUACCUUUAAUGCGCCCUAUAGCCGGGGCAAGCGAAGGACCACAUCUGCCGCAGCUGCCAUUAGGCCUUUGACUGGAGCUGCUUCUUCAGAUAGGACGGGGACAUCCGCAUCUUUGGACGGUUCAUUGCCGGAAAGCAUCCCCGACGACAAUAGUCAUGGUAUUGAUGUUAAUGAGUCUGGUUUGUCCGAUCAACCCAUUCCAUCCCUGUUUGCAUCUCCCGAGAUAGGCGCAAGUGAUAGGCAAGGCCACUUCUUGAAUGAAUCCUCUGGUCUCAGCUUCCUCUUACGACUUCAACGCCGCCUAAAGGGAGACAACAACAGUGCCUCUCCAACUUCCCUCUUCACUCUUGGUGACCCUGCUCUGCCCAGGUUCAACAGCGCUGCCUUUACCCUGCCAACGCGUCAGGAGGCAGAUGCCCUCGUGUCGAUCUACUUCGAACUCUCCUCGGCCGGAUACAGAUUCUUACACAGACCAACAGUAGAGCUCUGGGUCAGCCAGAUAUAUGAGCAUGGGCAAAUUCUCGGCGCGCACUGGCAAAGCAAAUUUGCCGUUGUGCUGAGCAUGUUUGCCCAAGCUUCAAGAUACCCGGACUCACAUGUCGCAGCAGGUCCUAACCUAGGACUCGCGUAUUUCCAAGCGGCAGAACAUCAACUCGCCCUUGAGACGGAACCAGCCAGCCUCUUCAGCGCGCAGGCUCUCCUGGGCUGCUGCUUCUACGUGCUGACACGCUCACGACUGAACCACUGCUGGAGCUUGUUUGGGACAACUUCGAGGCUUAUGCUCGCCCUCGGGUUCCAUCGCCGGGACCUCAAGCUUGGUCAGGGACCAGGCGCGCAGGUAGACCACCUUGAAUAUGAGUCCCGGAAGCGUCUGUUCUGGUGCGCUUAUAACCUGGAUAAGACGCUGAGCACCAUCUUGGGGCGGCCGUGUGCGCUUCAUGACUGCGACAUUGACCAAGACCUGCCAAAUGUCGUCGACGACCAGGAUCUAUCCUCGACCUCCAUAGUUGUCGCCGAUAACGACAACAUGCACGUCAUGCUGGGCACAAUCCAUAAUCAGAAGCUGGGUCGCAUUUUAAGUAAAGUUCUUUCUUCUCUCUAUGGUCUGGCCCCGCUGUCACAAGAGCGUCGUUACCGGAUCAUGAAGGAACUAGGUGCGGAUGUGGAUGCGUGGAGGCAGAGCCUGCCAGCCUUUCUGAACGCAGAGAGAGUGGACUCGAGACUUUUGAAGCCGCUAUUUCAAAGGCAGAGUAACAUACUGAGUUUGGCAGCUGGCCAUGCCGAAAUCCUCAUCUACCGACCUUGCCUCUUCUCUGACUACACACGGCAUCAUCAUAUCUCUGAGGAAUCCACAGACUCCACCGUCUCUAACGUACAGAUCUGCCUGCGUGCCGCGAUGGAAAUUGUGAGAGUAGUUGAGCGCAUGGCCGAGGCUGAUCAGCUGUACGCAGCAUCGUGGGUUGCCCAGUACCAAGCCUUCUGUGCCGCGGUUGUCCUGUAUACAUUCACCUUGAAGAGCACACGCGAGGACGCUGCCACUUGGGGGAAGUACUUUCGGGCCGCCGAGCGCUGCCAGGACCUCCUUGCCGGCAUAAACAAUGAAACGUCUCUGGCUCGGCGCUUAAUGAUGAUCAUGGAGGAGUAUCGAGCCGAGGUGACGCAGAAGUUGGCCCAGGAUUCCCCAGCCGCAGUGGGUUUCCCUCGCCAUUCUGGCACAUUCACUGGACCUAUGUCUGGCAAUGGAGUCGCGAACAUGAGCUCCCAGCAAGAUCCUGUAGCAGAAUAUUCCGACAUUCCUAACUGGGAGCAGCUGGACUACCUUGCUUUGGACUUGGGUGACAUGAUUCCAGAUAUGGACCUCAUCUAUACUGACAUUCCAUACCUGGGGAGUUGA